AUGCUUCACCACCAGCCCCAGGUUCUCUCUCCUCUGCACGAGAUGAACUCGCAGUCCCCCUCCGACACUUCCAACCUCCGAUCCCGCAAGAUGUCGGCGGGUGGAAACAGGUCCUGGUCCGAAGAAGAGGAAACCUACCUUCUUCAGACCCGCAUGCAAAAGAUGCCCUACAAGCACAUUGCUGCUCACCUUAAGAAGACUGAACUUGCAUGCCGUCUCCACUACCACCAGCUCUCCCACGGAAGCCAUCGCCGCAAGCGAACCAGCUCCGUCUGCUCAAACGCCUCAACCAGCUCUACUGGUACUGGUCCUGCCUACGCCAUGGCUAUGGACCAGGAUGCCUACUCUCAAUCCUCGCGUCACAGCUCGCCCCUGAGCUACAAUGGCAGCCCCAACCUCCGUGCCGGUUCAAUCAGUACUUCCCCCAACCGUGCCCAGCACAAGAUCCUCCUGCCCAAGCCUCGCACCCUCACUCCCCGUGAAUCUCCUGAACCCUACAACGGUCUCCGCAUCAACACCGAGGUAGCUUAUCAGCCCAAGAUUGUCGACACUGACCGCCUUCGCUCCAUCUACGAGUCUCGCCGCCAGCAGUUCUGGGCCACCGUUGCUGCUGACUACGGUGCGGAUGUUUCUCCUGCUCAACUCGAGGAGAUCUGGCGCAACGGUUCCAACGCUGUCCGCCCUCCUACUCCUGAGGCCUCUCCCGACGGUAGCAUCAUGCACAACCCUGCAUUCAAGCCUUCCUACCAGCCGUACAGCGAGCCCGCCAAGCACUACAGCCCCAUGAACCCCAUGAACAUUAGCGCUGUCUCGGCUCCUGAGCGCAUGCCCUAUGUCCUCCCCAUGCCCGUUCCUUCUUCCGGACGACCAAGGGCUGGUACCUGGAGCUCUGCUCCCAGGGACAACAUGCCCAUUGCUAGCCUGCUCAACGAGUAG